CAUGUGGUAGGCCUAUACAUUACGUGAUAUUUGCCGAUUAUGUCCUGACCUAGAUAAUGUAGAAUGGGGUGAGUUGAAUUUGCACAGUAAACACAGUGAAGAGAGCAGCAAAAGAUUGGUCCACAACACGUAUACAGAUUCACCCAAUAUGGUCUUGUUAUCAAGCGGUUGAGUUUGAGACUACAGCGCACCUGUAAAAACGACCUUCUGUGGAAUUCUCUGGGUUUGCCACAAACCCCGUAGAUUUCUAUGCGGCAAGACAGGCAAAACAUCUGAAAAGAAGGAAGAAAGGUGCAGAUAUCUGAUAAUACAAGUAUCUCCAUUGCAAGGCAAAAAUGGGAUCCGACUUCGAUAGAAAUGUGUACAUUGUGGCCAUAGUCACCAGCUCGCUCUCUUGUGUUGGGUGUUUUGUGGUAUUUGCGGCCUGGAUCUUCCUGAAGGACACCCGUUCUACAGGACGCCGCCUCCUGCUCUUCUUAACAACGGCCGACUUACUGACUGCGGUGGGCAACCUGAUUGGCGCGUCUUGGGCGUUGGAGUUGUCCUCUAGCGGCCGUCCUGCCAUGAACAGUUCUCAGGCACUUCACAGCUGUCAAUACCCCAACGGUAUCUGCGUAGUCCAAAGCUUCCUAUCCAGCGUGGGCAGCUUGGCGUCGUUCUUCUGGACCAUGCUGAUCGCGUGGCAGGUGAGAGAGACGCUGGUUGGCGAGCGGAGCAGCUGGAUGGACAAACCCAAAUACCAGUGGCUACUUCAUCUCCUGGCCUGGGGUGUCCCGGUGUUGAUACUUACGGCCGCAGCAGCAGAUGGCAAACUUGGCUACUGGCAAAGCUCGGAAAACCACACUUCGUUGAUUCCAAAAACAACGACAGUGUCACCAAAUAUGUCGAUGACCUUUUUUUACCAUGAAACAGCAUACCCUUCGCUAGAUGCCACCAAACCAAGACAAGACAACACCGUCGUUGUUGCUGUUGACGGACAUGCCGAAAAUGCAGCAUUUGAAGGGGGCGGUUACAGUGGAAGUAAAGAGGAUCUUCUGCGUGGAAGUACGGCUGGUUGGUGCUGGAUUAAAAUCUGUGAAGGCGAUGAGCUGCACUGGGGCCUAGUGGUGUUCCUCACGCUGCUCACUGGGAAGGGCUGGGAGAUGGUGGCGUAUAUUGUGGUGCCGACCAUUUACUUCAACAUAAAGGGGAAGUUGCAGCGCACGGUCCUGAAAGCGUCAGCUUCCCGUCUGGAUAAGGCAGUUUUAGAGGCCGUAAAGAAGGCCCACCGCGCGAUGACGGCUGUUCCUUUAAUGUUCAUCGCGUUAAGGAUCUGGGGGACCAUCCGGUACGUGGCGAACAUCACAGUCUGGAUCACCGGAUCAUCAACAGAACCGUGGUUUGAAGUGCUGUUUAACAAGAUCUUUUUGGUUUUACAUUGCCACUACUUCAGGCAUCGGGUUAUAUUAAAUAACAAUCAGAACUACACCGUGCUAGCAAUAAUCACCAUCAGAACCGACCACCAUGGAAUCAAAUGUUACCAGUACCUGUGGAGUGCACGACUUCCAGUGCAUUGCCAGCAUCGCCGCCAUCACCACUUGUAUCCUUUCUUGGGGAGGCUGCUCGGUCAUCUUCGCCUCGUGGACCCUGAUGAAGAGCGUCCGGACUCCAAACCGACGCAUGCUUCUAUAUUUAACCAUCGCCGAUUUCUUUGUGGCAACGGGCCAGCUAAUGGGGGCAAGCUGGACGCUGAAUCGCCACCUGCAUUCAAAUGGGACAAAUUACAGUUGCGACGACCCUGA